CAUUUGCAGACAUGUAUGUCUUAUUGAAUCUCAAAGAUGGAUCGAGGUUAACUGAUGUGGUUCAGUUAUUGUUUUCUCAUGGGCAUACUGCAGUAAGCGUUGCCGAAAAUAUUGAGGAUUUAUGUCCGUCAUGUGAACGUAGAAACAAUCAUAAAACCAGUGGUGCCGAGCACAACGAUGAUUCCUCACUCACAAAAUCAUUAUUGCAUGAAGCCAAGACCGACAAAUUGUCAACGUCCGCACAAUUACUUGGCAAUUCUCCAAAUAUGGAAGGUGAUGGCACAGCCGUGGCCCGAGAACGAGACGGAGAACAAUUUAUCAAUAAAACAGAACACGUGCCUCCACCUGAACCAGCCGAAAUCAAAGAAGAACCGUCAGAAUUUACAGUCGCCACAACAUCCUCGGCUGAACCAACAUCAAAUAAUGACAGCGCACACUUUAUCACAUCAGCUUUGGAAUUGUUGGGACAUGCAACUGCCAGUACAAUGGACCACGGGGAUGCAGAACUCGACAAAGAACAUAAUGGUCCGCCAUCAAAACGGAAAGCCCGCAUCGAGAAUCUUGGUCUCGAGAUAUUUCAGUGUCAGAUGGACGGACAUAAUCCAAACGAAGAUCCUGCUUUACUCUUCAUGGACACUGACCUAGAAGAGGACGAUGCAAAUAUUCCCAAAACCGGCGAAGGUCAGGACGAUCCUGUGGCUGCUUGGCUGAGUCUACAGAAGCUCCGUCGUCACCAAGCCACCUCGUCCAGUCUCAGGCACCAGCUGGAGGAAGUUGAGGGUCCGAAAGCUUCGUGUCGUCGACGUUGCUAUGGAUGUUAUCAGUCGAUGUCAAGGAAAUUUGGGUGUAUGGUAGCGAGUUCGAGGGCGAAGAAGCUUUGCAAAAAAGCCAUUACCCGACAAGGCCAGUACGCCAAUCUAGUCAAUCAUUUAUCACGACAUGCACGACUUCAUGCUUCAAAGAAGCAAUAUUGUUGUCCGGUUUGUCGGGCCUCGUUUUCUCGAAGGUACCUUGCCUAUGCACAUGUGAAAGAAGCGCAUCCUAGUGCAGGACAUGUGGAGCCGCUUGAUCAUGGGCGAGAACUACGCGAGGAGUACAGAGCUCUGCUCGAAGUUUGCUUUCCGGGGGCCAGUUCUCGUCGGAAGAGAAACAUAGACCAUGACUUGCGUGACAAAAAUGCAGAGGACGAUGCACACGAUAACGCUGAACGAUCUGGAGUUCUCUCAAAACUUCUUGAACAGCAAUAG